AUGACGUAUGACCUCAACCCUGGACGGUUCCCCGACGACAAAGCCAAAGUCAUCUUUGCAGCUAGCUAUCUCAAGGACGCCGCCUUCGGGUGGUUCGAACCGUAUCUUACGGAUCACUAUGAGAACGGCGUUGGCUCCAGAGACAAGACCAAAAGACUCAUCGAAUCUUUCUCGGAGUUUGAGACGGAACUUCGCAUGGUCUUUGGCACCGUGGAUGAAGGGCGCACCGCCGCUCGUGAAAUCCAACAAAUAUUACCACAGCAAGAGCAAUAG